AAAUAAUUCCAGGAAUGAACGGAAGUAUAGAAUGAAUACAAGCCCAAGAGACUCCGCCCCCAAGUCAUACAACAAGAAUCAGGGGACAGAAGAAGUCAGCUACAGGACUCCCAAGAAUCGCAAUAAACCAAAAAACCAAGGGAAGGUUUCGCCCAAGAAGCCCCACCCCCAGAGGAAAAUCCCUGGACGAAUAAGGCGGCCAGAGGAAGGGAGCUCCCGGGAAGAUGACAUUAAUCCAAAGAGGAAUAAACCCGGGAGGAACCCCCUCGGGUGCCGAUUACGAACAAACAGCAGCAGCAGAAAGCAAGGAAAAAGUCACAGGAAUCGAACCCAGGGAAACUCCCAAGAAAAGGGGAGCAAUAAUCAUAAGGCCUCCCCUAUGAGAAUACGAAAAGAAUUUAUCAAGCAGUCACUCAGCUGCAGGGAAAAAGGAAAACAGGGACAAGAAACCAAAACUAAUUUCAAACCGCAGUUCCCCAAUAGCAACAACGGGCCCCCCCAAACGACAAGAAACACCCGAAGCAUCGAAUAG